GGCCGCGGCUCCUCCCCCGGGCGGCGGCAGAGGCGGGGCCCGGUUCCUCCCGCCGCCGCCCGGGCCCUUCCUGCGCCGCCCUGCGCGGGGGCACCGACGUGUCGCGGCGGAGCAGCCGCGCUAGGCCGCGCAUCCCGCCCGGCGCCUCAGAUACCCGGCAGCAUUCCCGACCAUGCCACGGGGAGAGAUAUGACGACGGCCUCCGGGAGAUACUCCUGGCGUGUUCUCCAUAAGCUUUUAUCAAGUGGUGAUUUUAUGCAAUGGCAUCAAGCCACAGUUCUUCACCAGUGCCUCAGUCGAACAGCAGUGAUGCUUUCUUUAAAAAAGAAGCGGACGCCACGAAACGCUUUCGCCCUGUGCAGGCCCUGCCGGACGUGUGUCCCAAGGAACCCACAGGCAAUCCCAAUAACUUACAUGACAGCCCAUCUCUAGUUGUGGAUCAGCAAAGAUGGACUAUUUAUCAUUCCAAAGUCAAUCUCCCAGCAGCACUAAAUGAUCCUAGGUUAGCAAAAAGGGAAUCUGAUUUCUUUACAAAAACAUGGGGAGUGGACUUUGUGGACACUGAAGUCACGCCUUCAUUCUACCUCCCACAGAUCACCAAGGAACAUUUUGCAUUAUACCAACAGGAAAUCACUCCGAGAGAGAAGGUUCAUGAAAGGUGCAAGAAUAUUUGUACUCCUAAAGAUUCCUUUGACAGGACACUAUUACACACUCACGAUAAAUCCAGGACAGAUCUGGAACAAGUACCUAAGAUUUUUAUGAAACCAGAUUUUGCCUUGGAAGAUUCCUUAACAUUUAAUGCCGUUUUACCAUGGUCUCAUUUUAGUACCGCUGGUGGAAAAGGAAAUCGUGAUGCAGCUUCCUCCAAGUUACUUCAAGAAAAGCUGAGCCAUUAUCUGGACAUCGUGGAAGUCAAUAUUGCUCAUCAGAUUUCUCUCCGUUCAGAAGCAUUUUUUCAUGCAAUGACCUCUCAGCAUGAGUUGCAGGACUACCUCAGGAAAACCUCCCAGGCUGUAAAAUUGCUUAGAGAGAAAAUCUCUAAAAUUGAUAAAGUAAUGUGUGAAGGAUCCCUUCGAGUUUUAAGACUGUCACUCACCAGAAAUAACUGUAUAAAAGCAUACAAUAAACUGAAGUUAAUGUCUACUGUACACCAAACACAGCCCACAGUACAGUUGCUGCUCUCCACUUCAGAGUAUGUUGGAGCUUUGGACUUAAUAGCAACAACACAAGAGGUGUUACAGCAAGAGCUUCAAGGUAUUCACAGUUUCCGGCAUCUUGGCUCACAGCUUUGUGAACUGGAAAAGCUGAUAGAUAAAAUGAUGAUUGCAGAGUUUUCAACUUAUGCUCGCAAUGAUUUAAAUAGACCCCUAGAAGAUGAUUGCCAAAUUCUAGAAGAGGAGAGACUUGUAUCUCUAGUAUUUGGACUUCUAAAACAAAGGAAGCUAAAUUUUUAUGAAAUAUAUGGAGAUGAAAUGAUUACUACUGCAAAGAAUAUAAUUAAACAGUGUGUGGUUAAUACGGUAUCGCAGAUAGAAGAAAUAGACACAGAAGUGGUUGUUAAGCUUGCAGACCAGAUGAGGAUGAUGAAUUUUCCUCAGUGGUUUGAUUUACUGAAGAAUAUUUUUUCAAAAUUCACUAUCUUCCUCAAGAGAGUAAAGGCAACGUUAAAUACUAUCCGUAGCGUGGUUUUCUUGGUUCUAGACAAGAACCAAAAAACCAGAGACCUGGAAGACACAUUACAGAAGAACUCUGCUAAGGAGAGCAUGGUGGACAGCGAGGUGGCCUACCUGACCCACGAGGGGAUGUUCAUCAGCGACGCCUUCGGCGACGGGGAGCUCCCGGCCGCGGCAGCCGACUCGGCCUCCCAAAGGAACACCUCUCCCAACAGCGAGCCCUGCAGCAGUGACUCUGUCUCAGAGCCCGAGUGCACCACCGACUCCUCGUCCAGCAAGGAGCACACGUCCUCUUCUGUCACUCCAGGAGGAGUAGAGAUGAUGAUCGGCGAGGACAUGAAACUGACUGACCUGGAGCUGGUCAGGCUGGCAAACAAUAUCCAAGAGUUGCUUUAUAAUGCCUCUGAUAUCUGCCACGAUCGCUCAGUCAAGUUCCUCAUGGCAAGAGCAAAGGAUGGCUUCCUAGAGAAGUUGAAUUCCAAUGAGUUCGUUACUCUUUCUCGCUUGAUGGAAGGCUUUAUCUUGGAUACUGAGCAGAUCUGUGGCAGGAAAAGCAUGUCCUUGAGAGGAGCUCUUCAGAGUCAAGCCAAUAGAUUUGUGAAUAGGUUUCAUGAGGAGAGGAAGACAAAACUAAGCCUGCUUUUGGACAACGAGCGCUGGAAGCAAGCUGAAGUUCCCGCCGAGUUCCAGGACCUCGUUGAUUCAGUGUCAGAUGGCAGAAUUUCUCUCCCUGAAAAAAAACCAACAGCUACUGAAGAAAGAAAGCCAGCUGAAUUCCUUAUUGUUGAAGGACAAAAAUAUGCAACAGUUGGGACAGUAUUGCUGCUAAUAAGAAUAAUCCUGGAGUACUGCCAGUGUGUGGACAACAUUCCUUCCAUCACCACUGACAUGCUGACCCGUCUGUCAGAUUUACUGAAGUAUUUCAACUCUAGAAGUUGCCAAUUAGUGCUUGGAGCUGGUGCAUUACAAGUUGUUGGCUUGAAAACAAUCACUACGAAAAACCUAGCCCUUUCUUCACGUUGCCUCCAGCUCAUCGUACACUACAUUCCCAUUAUCAGGGCUCAUUUUGAAGCUCGGCUGCAGCCGAAGCAGUUCAGCAUGCUCAGGCAUUUUGACCACAUCACAAAGGAUUAUCACGACCACAUAGCUGAAAUUUCAGCAAAGCUCGUUGCCAUAAUGGAUAGCUUAUUUGACAAACUAUUAUCCAAGUAUGAAGUGAAAGCCCCUGUUCCUUCAGCAUGCUUCAGGAAUAUCUGCAAGCAAAUGGCAAAGAUGCAUGAAGCUAUAUAUGAUCUCCUUCCUGAGGAGCAAACUCAGAUGUUGUUUUUACGAAUUAACGCAAGCUACAAACUCCACCUGAAGAGGCAGCUGGCCCACCUCAACGUGGUCAAUGAUGGAGGACCUCUGAACGGGCUGGUUACUUCAGAUGUGGCUUUUUACACUGGAAACCUUCAAGCUCUGAAAGGCCUUAACAACUUAGAUCUAAACAUGGCUGAAAUCUGGGAGCAGAAGAGGUGAUAAUCUAUUGGGAGCAGUCACUUGGCUCUGACAACAGACGGACUCUCUUCGAAGCAGCGUGACGACGGUGAGGUGAAUACUUGAGCCCAGAGCCCCAGAAAGGGCAGGAUUGAGAGUCGGGGGAGCUUAGACUCAGAGGGAGCUGCAGGGAGAGAUCUUUCCAGUGUCCUUCAGCAAGAAACAAGUGAUCAGCUGUCUGUGCAAUGUUUUUUCAUUCUCUCUGGAAACAGACUCAGGUUUCUUUGGACCAAAUCCAAAAGAACACAUAGCUGUAACACAGCUGUAGUUGUCUAGAAUGCUCUGUAUAUCUUUAUAUUAAAAAGAUGCUUUGCAUUUCUUCUAGUGCAAUGAAAUUCA